CGAUCGGACCGCGCGCGGGCAGUGCGUUUGCGAACGCGAUCAACAGCAGUCGACGGUCCGCGCGGACGACGUGAUGUCGUUGAUGGUCAGACACACGAUAACCGUUGCAGGCACUUGGUACAAAUAGUCCGGUAGUUCGAUCACGUUUACGCGGUAAAUUUUUUUCGUUUUCUAUUCUCUCUCUCUCUUUCCGCCAAUCGUUUCGAUUCCGUACCGUUCGUGUACGUCGAAUUCGGAUAUAUUUUCACUAGUAACUGCACGCGCGCGUGUUUUAUAGACGUCUCCGAGUUCGUGCGUUCGAUUGUCGUCAUUAUUAUUACUAUUAUUAUUAUUAUUAUUAUCGUCGUCGUCGAAUUACUAUCCUCCUUGUGAUUUCCCCGAGUUCUGCAUUGGGUCUCCAGGACAUCCGCCGCUGUUGUUUUCGAGAUACCCGGUUUUCGGUUUUCCGUCGAGGAUCGUACGUCCGGUCGAGAUAAAUCUUUUCGAGCGCUCGUACACACGUUUGCAUUCGUCCACCGAGCGAUCGGUGUCGAUACACGCCAAGUCCGUGCAAUUAUGUUGAUAUACCCGACGGCGGGCAGCGGGGCGAUCAGUAGCCGAAUGAACGCGUCGGGUGGCGGACAGAAAGGCGGCAGGGCCGCGGCAAAGGGCGCCGUGCAGCGCAAGGCUGAAGCCAACAAGACCAAGAGCAAGCAGACGGUGCUGUGGAAGCACACGGACAUUGAACAGGGAGUGGUUGUGGUCGACGAGAAACAGCUCAUGCGGCUGGUCAAGACAGAGCCCAUCGAAAAUUACUACCGUCUGGACAACGAACCGUUCGCCAAGGGUCAGUUCGCCUCGGUUAGACGGUGCACUUCGAUCGAGACGGGUGAAGUGUUUGCCGCCAAGUUCUCCAACCGCACGAGAUUCGGCGAGGACUGCAGUCCCGACAUCCACCACGAAAUAGCCCUGUUGUCGCUGUGCUCGCCGUCGCCGCGGAUCACCAAGUUGCACGACGUGUUUCAAACGCCCAAACAGUUGAUCAUCGUCAUGGAAUACGCUCCUGGAGGCGAUCUACAGAAAGUCAUCGACGACGAUAACGUGCCUUUUGAGGCCGACGCGGUCAAGUUCAUACAUCACGUGGUCGAAGGCUUGGCGUACAUGCACCAGCGAAAAAUCGCUCACCUAGACAUUAAACCGCAAAACCUGGUCCUGAUGGGCGCGUUCCCUACGUGCGACGUGAAACUCUGUGACUUCGAAAUAUCAAGAGUGAUCCUGGAGGGUACCGAAAUCCGAGAAAUUCUCGGCACGCCAGAUUACGUGGCUCCUGAGAUACUUCACUACGAACCGAUCACGUUGGCCGCAGACAUGUGGUCGCUGGGCGUAACCACGUACGCCUUGUUGACGGGGUUCAGCCCGUUCGGCGGAGACACGGACCAGGAGACGUUCUGCAACAUAUCGAAUGCGGACAUCGACUUCCCGGACGAGCUGUUCGAAGACGUGUCCGCGGAAGCGGUGGACUUUAUCCGCAAACUGUUGGUCAAGGACCCCAGGGAGAGGCUCACGGCCAAGGAGUGUCUGAAACAUCCGUGGCUGGCCAACCUGCGCAAGUCGUCGACCGCUGGUAGCGGUGCGGGUACGACGCAACACCAACAACAGCAGCAACAGCAAUUUCAGCCGCCGACGGCCACCAAACGGUCCGGGUGCAACACGUGCGCGGCCGGAACCGGCGGACAGUCGGUCACGAAACGUGGUGGUCUGCAGCAGUCGUAUCUGUCCAAGUCGCGGGAAGCGCUGUUCGAGCGAAUCGUGUCCAAGCACAUGCGCCAGAAGAACGACUCGUCGAAACGGUCGUCGCUGAUGCUCGAGUCGCAGUACGCGUCCAGCCGCAUGUGCGAGAGCCACGCGUCGCUGGUGUCCCGGUCCCGGUGCGGCGCCCGGACGUUCAGCAAGUCCAAGGAGAAGCUGUACGGGCUGAAGAGCCUGUCCCGGUCCCAGGAUGUGUUGGACAUGUGCAAGAGCAUCAAGGACCUGAACGAGGUGGACAAGAUGGCCACGGUCGGCAGCCUGCUGAUGAGCCUCACCGGCGUGUCCACGUUGCCCAACUCGCUGUGCUCUUCCACCGCCAACAUAUCCGUGUCCCAAGGCCACAUGUCCGACGGGUCCACCGCGUUCGAGGACGACAAAGAGAACGUGGCGAGCAACGGCGACCGGGACGCGACCUGCGCCGCCACUGCAGCCGCCGAAGACAAUAUUACCGAUAUGGACGUCACCACCGCCAACAGCGAUGCGGACACCGCGAGUACCACGACCGCGGUCUCUCCGACGGACGCAUCGCGGUCCGGGUCACCGGCCGGUAGCAGUGCUAGCAGCGUAGAACACUUUUACCAUUCCGACGAGGAGCCCAGGUUCAGCGUGGCCCAGCUGGUCAAAGCGUUUGACACGCACCAGGAGGCGGUGACCAAACGGUCGCUGAAGGUGACCAUGGACCCGGUGGCCAAGCUGAAGAGCGCGGCGGAAGAGUCGUCGAUCAGCGCUGAGUUCCCGACAGGGCCGAACGCCCUGCGGCUAUUCAUACCCAACAUUGACAUACGGGGUGGAGCGGUCGCGAAGAGGACGCGCGGCGAAGCAGGAGGCCGGGACGACGAAAGCACUCGCAGUCCGAACUCGGAUGAUCGUCGCAAACGAUCAAACGUAAACGACCGCUGCGACGCGGAAAAAAACUGACGAUCACCACUGGUGCAGAAUGUGUAUUUAUUUUAACAUUAAAAUUUAUUUUUUUUUUUUAAUUCUUGUGUAAAAAAUGAUUCUCUAUUUUUUCU